GCGGCUUCCCUGGCACCGAACCACGCACGCGCUCCGGCCGCCCCUGCCUCCUCUGCCGCAGGAAGGCGUCUUCCGAGCUCGGCCCGCGCCAUGCCCCGCAUAGAUGCAGACCUCAAGCUAGACUUCAAGGAUGUCCUGCUCCGACCUAAGCGGAGCAGCCUCAAGAGCCGCGCCGAGGUGGAUCUUGAGCGUACAUUUACCUUUCGCAACUCAAAACAGACCUACUCAGGAAUUCCUAUCAUCGUGGCCAACAUGGACACCGUGGGGACAUUUGAGAUGGCAGUUGUCAUGUCGCAGCAUUCUUUGUUUACGGCAGUCCAUAAACAUUACACCCUGGAUGACUGGAAGCAGUUUGCCACCAAUCACCCUGAGUGCCUGCAGCAUGUAGCUGUGAGCUCAGGAAGUGGGCAGAAUGAUCUGGAAAAGAUGAGCAGCAUCCUGGGUGCCAUCCCCCAGGUGAAGUUUAUUUGCCUGGAUGUGGCCAAUGGGUAUUCAGAACAUUUUGUGGAAUUUGUGAAACUGGUCCGGGCCAAGUUUCCUGAGCAUACCAUCAUGGCCGGGAAUGUGGUGACAGGAGAGAUGGUGGAAGAGCUCAUCUUGUCUGGAGCUGAUAUCAUCAAAGUGGGAGUCGGGCCAGGCUCAGUGUGCACCACCCGCACCAAGACUGGGGUGGGCUACCCCCAGCUGAGCGCCGUGAUCGAGUGCGCAGACUCUGCCCACGGCCUCAAGGGCCACAUCAUCUCUGACGGCGGCUGCACAUGUCCAGGAGAUGUCGCCAAAGCCUUUGGAGCUGGAGCAGACUUUGUCAUGCUGGGAGGGAUGUUCUCGGGCCACACGGAGUGUGCCGGGGAAGUGAUUGAGAGGAACGGCCAGAAGCUCAAGCUCUUCUACGGGAUGAGCUCAGACACGGCCAUGAAGAAACACGCGGGGGGAGUCGCUGAGUACAGAGCCUCUGAGGGCAAGACGGUGGAAGUGCCUUACAAAGGCGAUGUGGCCAACACAAUUCUGGACAUCCUCGGGGGACUGAGGUCAACCUGCACCUAUGUGGGGGCUGCCAAACUCAAAGAGCUCAGUAGGAGGGCAACCUUCAUCCGGGUAACCCAACAGCACAACACUGUAUUCAGUUAACUCGACGGAAGGAAGCCGCCUCACAUGCCGCUUUUUCCAUGCCCCUACUGGACUGUUCACCAGCCCUGUGGCUGCUGCUGCUGCUGAGUGGAGCUGGUGAAAUACUGCGUCCUCCCUCCCCCUCCUGCCACCUGGAGGCCAUGGGGCUCUUCUGGUGCCUUCUUGGGACCUAGAAGCCAGGGACUGAGGGGGCCAGCGGUCAGAGCUCCACUCUUCAAUCCAACUUUGUACCCUUUUUGUUUCCUGAUCUUUCCUUCCUUUUAUAGUGAAAUGGUUUCACUUUAUUGCUGUUGUCCUGAGAGUUGACUGCUAGGGCUUGUACCAGUUGCAUCGGGGUGCUGGGGUUUUUGCUGCUGUCUUGCCAGGUGUGUGGUACUGUUGGUGCAUGAUACACCCAGGAGGCCACUGAAGCUCAGAGCCACAGCAUUGGCACCCACUGCCUUCAGCUUUUCUGGGUCGGAAAAGACCAAGGGCAAUUGUUGGGACAGAGGAACAUGGAGAAUGGUUUUCUUGGCUGCUGCACCUAAGAUGGUUGUGGCUCUGGCUGACAUCUUCCUCAACCUUCAGGGCACCUACCUUUCUGGGCAAGUCAUCUACCACUGCUUGUUUGGAACUGCUGCUGGCAAGCUAGACCAGGCCUGUGGUUUUUCUUUUCCUCCUGCCCUUCUCUGACCCCACCCUGUCAGGCUGGCCCCUCUCAAAGAAUUUAUACAGUAGUGUGAAGUUGCGCAAGGUGUUGUAUCCAAAGGUUAUCUGUGAAGCAAUUAGCAGGUUGAGUCCUGCUGUAACCCAGCAAAUGCUCUGCCCAGUGGUAUCGUAAAAGGCAUCGGCUUCACACGUAAGAGCUGUUCCCUUGACAUGGUGAUGAAUACUUGCCAGGGAGGACCAUAUUGUUCUGUAGAAUGCUCCACUAAUUGGCUGGCGAUGGUGACUGGUCUUGGAGAAAGGAUCUGCGCCUGCGGCUGCUGUCCUACAGCUGCCCCUGAGGGCUGCUACUCAAGCAGAAGAGGCGAGGCCUGGAAAGUUCCCUUCCACUCAGGAAGUUUUACUUAAGGUACAGGAGUUCGUUUUUUGUUGUUUCUUUGAAUCAUUGCACAUAACCCCUCUGAGUGGAGCAGGGCAUGCAGAGCAGCUGAGUCAGGAUGAAUUCAUUGCCUGGGCAUCCAGUGACAGAUGUCACCCCGACCCUCCACGUUACCAUGUGGAGGAAAUACAGGUCCAUUUCUAGUCUGGCAGGAACACAUCUGCAAACCCAAGUUGUUUUCACUCCAAUGUAAUAUUCCUUUCCUUUUUCCCCUUCCCACCUACAACCAAUGGGGAAAUUGCUCUUGUCCCUUUAGAAAUAUGAAUGGCUGUGUUUUGGAUGUCUGUGUGAGUGAAGGGGUUGUUCUGUGUAGAGCAGGACAAUGGGGCCUUUCCUCUGCUUGGCUGUGCCAAGGGGUCAAGCAUUUCCUCUCCCUGUGGACGUUGUGUUCUACAAUCAAGUCCUGAAGCAUCUUAGUUCUUAUGAGACUCUAUUUAUAAAGUACAGGAGAGAAGUAAAGUUUAAAUCUAUUAAAAGUG